UAGUCUGGAAGAUUAAACACACGAAGGAAACGAGGAGGCAAGAUCCAGGAUCCUGUAGUCACACCCCAGUCCAGAGCGCGGCAGUAAUGCGCAAUUUUCUUGUUGGUUUGCCAAGUACUGGGAGGUUGCAAGUAAGAAGUACCCAUGAGAAACAAACUUCCACGAGCGUCAAAAAGAGUUUUGUCAUUUUUUGUCAACUGCUUGGCGCCCUGUGAAAAUGUCCUUCAGCAAACUGGUUUGAGAUACGCCACAUUAUUAUAACAUCUUACUUUGUGGCAAGUGAGAGAUGCGGAGACCGCGACAAUAUAAUAGUAAAAGGCCGAUGGAGUAUCGGAGUCGACCUGAAAGCCUGUAGUUUUAAGUUUUAGCAUUGUAACUCUUCCUGGUUCCAAAGAUAGCAUUCCUAUCGGCACUUAUUAAUGAUUUUUUUUGCUAAAUCGGCAACAAUAAGGUGUGAGGCGCAAAAAAAAAAAAACCUAAGCAGACAGUUUGGAUGAUUAACAUGUAGUUUUCAUUUGAUCUUUUUCAACGAACUGUGGUCUCGUAAAAAUAAAGAUGCUGAUACCAAAAUGCUGAAGUAGAAGAGGAAUGGAAUACGUCGUGUGGAUUUCCCCGGUAUAAACAAGUCCAUGUUGGCCUUAAUGCAACUUGCUCUGGAGUCAUGAGGACAACUACCCUUGGAUGAAAGUGGUGAAGACCGUGAGAACGAACGUAUCCACUUUGAACUUCGACUUGACCCCGCUGAGGAUAUUUGUGAAGACUUCAAAGAUGAAGACAUGUACACGUGAUCAAGUGAUCCAGAUGCUCCCUGACAGCGAUGAGGAGUUGGACAGUCUCAAUGAGUGCGAUUCUGAUUGGACUAGCCUGGACUCCUCUGAAGAGGAAGAGUUUGAGGAACGACUGGACCGUGUCCCCGACCUUGUUUCUUCAGAGGCUCCAGUGACUGCACCCGUCCCCUCCCCUCUCCAAUCACCGCCACCUCCUGGCUGGAGGAGCAAACCCGCCGCGCUGGCGGACAGGUGGCACGAUGGUUCCGAGGAGGACGUGUGCCCCCCGCAGUUUCCAUUCUGCCCUGAGAGGAUGCCUGGACCGCAGCUUGAUUUCCAGAAGUCAUACAGCCCCCUGGAAAUAUUCAAGCUGUAUUUCACACCUGAUGUCCUUCAGACGCUGUGCACCAACACCAACAAAUAUGCUGCCCGGAAGCUUGCGCAGGGUGCAAAGUCCUUGUGGCCAGAGGUGAGGCUGUGGACCGACGUGGCGCCGGAUGAGAUGCUCAACUACUUGAGCCUUGUGGUGUAUCUCGGCCUGGUACAGGUGUCACCUGCAAGUGACCUGUGGAGCAAGGAUAGUCUUUUCGGGUUUCCUUUUCCUGCCAGCGUCAUGCCAGGUGACCGGUAUGAGGCCAUCACUACAUAUUUACAUAUGAGUGACCCAGCUGCUGAUGAGGUGAAUGACAAGCUCAGUGGUCAGCCUGGGUAUGAUGGCAUUUUCCGCGUGAAGCCCCUUCUUGAUGACCUGGUGGCGUCCUGCAGGGCACACUACCACCCGUACCAGAACCUGGUAAUUGAUCAGCGCCUGGUCGCCACAAAAGCAAGAGGUCAAAAGCAAGAGAUCGAGAGGACGCAGUACUCAAACAGGGGUUACAAGCUGUUCGUCCUGGUCGACCAGAGCGGUUACACGUGCGACUUCUCGGCCUACGAGGGAAUGGCAGAGUCUCCGAGCGGCAACGGGCUGAGCUUCGACGCAGUCGUCGGCUUACUCAAGGUGCCCCACCUCGGCACGGGGUACCACGUGUUUAUGGACAACUACUACACCAGCAGCCAGCUUUUCAGCCAUCUCCACCAGCUGCGCAUCGGGGCGUGUGGGACCGUCUGGCCGGACCGCGUGGGCUUUCCACGCAUAGCGGAGAAUGAUUUGAGCGAGGCAGCUGCUCGAGGGGACAUGCGCUGGGUCCGCGACGGCCCCCUGCUUUACGUGAAGUGGAUGGACAUACGUGACGUCACCAUGUGCUCCACCAUCCACAAAGCCUACGGCGGGGAGUCUAUGGAGCGCCGUGUCCGCGACGGAAAGACGUGGACCAAGAGGGUGUUUCCUCUGCCUGACCCGGUCAAGGAGUACGACGAGUGCAUGGGGGCCUGGGUGGACGUCUCCGACGCCCUCGCCAAGUACUUCUCCGAGGGCCCCAGGACAAACCAGUGGUACACGAGGCUGUUUCUGCACUUUGUGGACAUCGUGGUGGUGAACAGCUUCGUUCUCGCCAAGGACAUGGCAGAGGCGAAGAAGGAGACGCCCCUCAACAUGGAGAGCUUCAGGAUGGCGCUGUGCGAGCAGCUGGCUGAAGUUGGGAAGGAGCAGGCAUACAACUCCUCCUCUGAGGAAGAUGAUGGAGAGGAGCAGGCGUACAACUCCUCUGAGGAAGAUGAUGGAGAGGAGCAGGCGUACUCCUCCUCUGAGGAAGAUGCUGGGGGAGCCACUGCUUCUCUGCCCCCACAGCCAGAGAGCCACUACAAUGAGCCUCUCCAAUGUCUCCCACUACUCAUCUGUGAAUCCCAGGCGAGCAGGAGAUGUGUGCUCUGCAAUCGGCGUGCGAUCUGGAAGUGCGAGGCCUGUGAUGUGCCUCUGUGCAUCAUUCGGGGGCGGGUGUGCUACUCACUGUGGCAUGGGGCCAAAGCCUGACUGAUUUGAUUCUCCAAAAGACUGAGGCCAGUGGAACACACUUCAGGACAGGCUCCCUAAUCACACUUGUACAAAUCUGCCUACAUUUUUUUUUUUUACACACACACCACGUCAGAUGUGUAAUUGUAACUGUCCAAUAACACAUUGUUGAUAAGUAAUUGAAUCUGUAAAUGUAAAUGUUAGUGUGCUGGGCCAUUCAAACCCAGUUCUACACUGAAACUACAAAAAAACUCUGCUUUUUUAAUGACAAAAUAAAAAAAACUUGUUGGCCCCAGGGUCUUUUAAUUUAAGCCAUGAAUGUUUUUUUUAUGCAAUGUCCAGAACCAUAGAUAUUAAAGUUUUAAACGAAAAAAACCCGUCU